AUGAAGGGUAAUGAAUGUAAUAUUUCAGUGCAUUCGAAUAUUACCAGUAAAAGUAUGAGUGGUAGAGAUCUGCAUUCCGUUCAGCAGGCUCGUAAGGUGGUUGAGCAGUUAAGAAGGGAACGUAAUGUACGUCGUGGUCUUGUUUCUCAGUCGGCCAAUGACCUGAUACGAUAUGCGCAGGAGGUCCAAAAAGACGACGUUCUGUUAACAGGUUUUUCGAACGAUAAAAUGAAUCCAUUCAGACCGAAGAGUUCUUUCCAAUGUAUGCUUCUCUAA